UGCUUUCAGCUCUUUCACUGUAAAUUUUUUUGCAGGUGAUCUGCCUUAUGCAUCCGUGUCCCAGAUGUGGCCAUCUCAGCAUUAAUUAGAGGAACUGUGGAGGCCCACCUGUGGGAAGAGCGGAGGAAUAAUAACCAAGAUGUUCCUCCGACUGUUAUCAGAUGUCCGAUGGCAGAGGGCAGGUCAGGGAAGGUGGUGCGUGUCUGGCUCCCGGCACAGCAGCACAAGCGGAACGGAACCUCGGCUGACCCCCCUGCCAGCCCACGCACAGGUGGUCAUCUGCGGGGGUGGGAUCAUGGGUACGUCAGUGGCGUACCACCUCUCCAAACUAGGAUGGAAGGACAUCGUGUUACUGGAGCAGGGCAGGUUAGCCGCCGGUUCCACUAGAUUCUGCGCUGGCAUUGUCAGCACGGCACGGCACCUGUCCAUCGAGCUGAAGAUGGCCAACUACUCAAACCGUCUGUAUCAGCAACUCGAGCAAGAGACGGGGAUAAAAACCGGUUAUGUGAGGACGGGCUCUAUCUCCCUAGCUCAGACACAGGACCGGCUGAUCUCCCUGAAACGCAUCGCCUCCCGGCUCAAGGUCAUGGGGAUCCCCUGUGAGAUCGUCCCCCCAAAGAGAGUGGAACAGCUCCACCCGCUUAUCAAUAUCCAUGACCUGGUGGGGGCCAUGCACGUGCCCGAGGACGCCAUUGUCUCGUCUGCGGACGUGAGCCUCGCCUUGGCCCACGCGGCCUCUCUCAAUGGUGCUCAGAUCCACGAGCGAACAAGCGUCAUCCACAUCGUGACCCAGAAGGGCUGCGUGGCUGGGGUGGAGACGGACCGAGGGAUGAUCGAGUGCCAGUAUUUUGUUAAUUGUGCUGGACAGUGGGCUUACGAGCUGGGUCUUUCCGACGAGGUUCCGGUCAGCAUCCCGCUCCACCCCUGCGAGCACUUCUACCUCUUGACGCGGCCUUUGAAGACCCCGCUGGACAGCAGUACGCCAACGAUUGUGGACCCCGACGGGAGGAUCUACAUCCGCAACUGGCAGGGUGGGAUCUUGUCCGGCGGCUUCGAGAAGAACCCCAAGCCGAUUUUCACCGAGGGCCGGAACCAGCUGGAAAUCCAGAACUUGCAAGAGGACUGGGAUCACUUUGAGCCCCUUCUGAGUGCCCUUCUGCGGAGGAUGCCGGGUCUGGAGGCCCUGGAGAUUGUGCAGCUGGUGAACUGCCCAGAAUCCUUCACCCCAGACAUGCGAUGCAUCAUGGGAGAGUCGCCCAGCGUGCAGGGCUACUUCGUCCUGGCAGGGAUGAACUCGGCUGGCACGUCUUUCGGAGGGGGAGCCGGCAAGUACCUGGCUGAAUGGUUGGUGAACGGUUACCCCUCGGAUAACGUUUGGCCCCUGGACCUGAAGCGCUUCGGGGCCCUGCAGAGCAGCCGCACGUUCCUCCGACACCGCGUCAUGGAAGUGAUGCCCCUGAUCUACGACCUCAAAGUUCCUCGCUGGGAUUUCCAGACGGGUCGGCAGCUGCGCACGUCGCCCCUCUACGACCGGCUGGACGCCCAAGGCGCUCGGUGGAUGGAGAAGCACGGUUUCGAGAGGGCCAAGUACUUUGUGCCCCCGGAAAAAGACUUGCUGGCUUUGGAUCAAAGCAAGACCUUCUACAAGCCGGACUGGUUCGAUAUUGUAGGCGCCGAGGUCAAGUGUUGCAAAGAAGCCGUCUGUGUCAUCGACAUGUCCUCCUUCACCAAGUUUGAGAUCAGCUCAACGGGGGACCAGGCCCUGGAAUUCCUGCAGUAUCUCCUCUCCAACGACCUGGAGGUGCCGGUCGGGCACAUCGUCCAUACGGGGAUGCUCAACCACAACGGAGGGUACGAGAACGACUGCAGCGUGGUCCGCGUCAACAAGCGCAGUUUCUUCAUCAUUUCCCCCACAGACCAGCAAGUCCAUUGCUGGGCCUGGUUGAAGAAGCACAUGCCGGACGAUAGCAGCCUGUUCUUGGAAGACGUCACCUGGAAGUACACAGCUUUGAAUCUGAUUGGCCCACGUGCUGUCGAUGUCCUGUCAGAGCUCUCCUAUGCACCAAUGACUCCAGAGCACUUCCCUUCCCUCUUUUGCAAGGAGAUGAGCGUGGGCUACGCCAACGGCAUCCGUGUCAUGAGCAUGACGCACACUGGAGAGCCAGGAUUCAUGCUGUACAUCCCCAUUGAGUAUGCUCUGCACGUGUACAACGAGGUGAUGAGCGUGGGGCAGAAGUAUGGGAUUCGGAACUCCGGCUAUUACGCCCUCCGCAGUUUGCGCAUUGAGAAGUUUUUUGCCUUCUGGGGCCAAGACCUCGACGCCUUCACCACCCCUCUGGAGUGCGGGCGUGAGUUCCGGGUUAAGUUAGAGAAGGGCACCGACUUCAUUGGGCGGGAGGCCCUGAUGCGGCAGAAGCAGGAGGGCGUCUCCAAGCGCUUCACCAUGUUCAUCCUGGAAGACCACGACACGGACCUGGACCUGUGGCCCUGGUGGGGGGAGCCCAUCUACCGGAACGGCCACUAUGCCGGCCAGACCACCAGCAGCGCCUACAGCUACACCCUGGAGCGCCACGUCUGCCUGGGGUUUGUUCAAAACCCGGACCCGGAGACCGGCGAGGAGCAGCUGGUGACGCCGGACUUUGUCAACCGGGGCGAGUACGAGAUCGAGAUUGCCGGCCAGCGCUUCCAGGCCAAGGCCAAGCUCUACCCGUUCAGCUCCCUCUUCACCACGCGCCGCCGCAAGGACGAGCUGGAGUUCGGAGGCUUCCAGGGAAAGUGACGGGGCCCGAGUUCGAAGGGAGCUGCUCUGGCUCCAGACUCUUCCCCCCUGUCGCUGCUCCGUCAACGUUGGUCAGGUCUCUCUGGUCUGUUACAUUUUGUACACGUACGGCCUCUUCCUCCCUCUGCCCAUGUUCCACCUUU